UUUAGCUGUGUUUAAUGAUUCUUUUGGAGCAGUGCUCCAUGAUUUGAACAAAUAUUAAGAAGUGGGUCUCCUUUGUUUAAUGCUGCCCUUUGUUGGCACUGUCUGGGGGCAUCUUUUCCCUCCACAUAUACUUGACCUGCAUUGGCCAAGAGACUGGGAUUGUUUGGCCUGCCUUGAGAGCCCACUAAAAUAUUUCUGGUGAGAGUCUGUGAAUUGAAUCUUAAAUCCUCCCCCAGCCUCAACAGAUUGGGUAUGUGGAAUUGUUGUUUUGUUCCAAGGAAACUGCGGCCUAAGGGUGGUAUGUGAAGGAGGAGAACAAAGCUAUCCAUGGUUGCACCUCUGACUGCAGCUGAUAGAAUUUCACAGGGAAUAGGCCAGUUUGGCGGCAAGACUUAACACACUCAAAUCCAAGGAAGAGGUGGAGAAAAGCAAGCAGCACUUUGGAUUUUUCUGCCUGUCACGUCUAGCAGCCAACAAUAACAGUUUAACUGAACUAUCUUGGUCGAUUUACCAAUGGAGAGAUCUCUGAAAAAGUAUGAAAAAGAAUUCAUGAAGAUGGCUAUGUUGAAGCAGGAAGAAACAUUCAGACACCAGGUACAUGAACUCCACCGUCUGUACCGAGUCCAGAAGCUGUUGAUGAGAGAUACAAUGAAGAGGCAACGGGCAUCGGCGCAUUACCGACCCGGUCUUGAGAGAUGGAUUGUAGAGAAUGAGAGAGGUUCAAAUCAACCAUGUUACAGUAGUUACUUGGAUCAGAGGAAGCCUCAUGAUCAGACACUUGAUCUGGAAGUCCCAGCAGAAGAGUGCAUUGGAAAAGAUGAUGGAGAUACGAUGCUAGAGGCCAAAGAUGAAAGCUACUUAGAGCUGACGUUGGCAAUUGGAAGCAGCAGAAGGCAAAGGAAGAAAGAAGAGGCAUCAUUUACUUCAGAUUCUGGAGUAAGCUUUUCUUCAUCUUCAAGCGACUCCGGUGCAGUGAAGUUAAACGGCCAAGAGUGGGGACUAUGUCAAGUGCCGGGCAUAACCAUGAGCUUUCAAGAUGAGAGGAAGAGUGGUUUUAGUGUGGAAGAAAGAAUGGGACAAGAUGGCCUGAAGCAGCCUCCUUGGCUCUUCCAAUGUUUGAAUCUAAACAUGACAUGAUAGCCUUCUUAGAUUGCUAUGGUCAAUGUCACUGUAGUUGGUAAACAGACAUAUCAAGGAAUUAGCAUGUUCCACACUAACAAAUUUGUAGUUUCUGCUAGAUCUGAAACGUAGGUUUCAGACUAUGAGCUGGAGUCUUAAUAGAACAAAAGGCCAGACAGGAGCCACAAAUAAUUCA